UUCGCUAAGUUUCCUUCGCAUCGCCAACCAUAGUUUCGUAAUUAUUAUACACUUUUGUUAUCUGUGAAUUACGUUACUUAUAUAUAUUCAAACAUUAACAAUGAAAAAUCAUUAUUUCAAUAUUUUAAACUAUAGGAUCUUCAAAAGAAAAAGAAAAAGCCAGUCAUAUUUGAAUCCAGACCAUACUAACCACUUCUUGUUCUAGACAGAGACAGAGUAAUGCAGUUUACAAGAAGAAGAUUCCCACCACGAGAAGCUCUAGAGAUGCCGGCAGCAGAACUGAACCGUCGGAGAAAUCAUGGGUCGAGUCUAAGGACCAGGCUGGCUUGCACGUGUUCAGGCCGGCCUGGUUCGGCUCGGUGCGUGCGGCACGGUUAUAUUGUUCCGAGCAGGGAGAAGCUGAUAAGGAGAGCAAGUGACGGAAACAGAGAGAUACUGAAGAGAGCCUUGAUGCCGUCUAGUCACCAUCGGAUGAGUCACCGACGGUGGAAUUUCCGACCAACUCCAAGCCGACUCUGUAAUAUGUCUUCCGCUUGAAUUUUCUUUAUUUUUAUUUUUGUAAUCGAAUUAUUUUUGUCUUUUUUUUCUUGAAAAAUCAUUAUUGGUUUUGCUCAGAGGUACCAUACAAAACCGUUUUUACGUCAUGUUAUCAAGUAUAAAUUUUUGGAUGGUUUGAUGUAUCGGGAAGACUUUUUAUUUCCACAUCCAAUCAGAUAACAAUGUGAUCUGUUUUAUGAAGUUAUGAUAUUUAAAGCAUUUAAUAAAAAUGUUUAUGUAGUUCAGGCUCUGGUUAUUUUCUUAUA